AUGUUCAAGAGCGCCAACUUCGCCAGAGCGGCUCGCGUAGCCCGUUCGUCUCUCGCGACGCCUCGCAUCGUCCGCCCGAACUUUAUCACCCCUUCCCUCCUGCACGGCAGCCGGUUCGCCAGCACUUCCAGUGUCGGUGAUGGCAAGAUUCAUCAGGUCAUUGGUGCCGUCGUCGAUGUCAAGUUCGACACGGACAAGCUGCCCGCCAUUCUGAACGCCUUGGAGACCCAGAACAAUGGCCAGAAGCUGGUCCUUGAGGUCGCCCAACAUCUGGGUGAGCACACCGUGCGCUGCAUUUCCAUGGACGGUACUGAGGGUCUCGUCCGUGGUGCUAAGGCCACUGACACUGGUUCCCCCAUCACCAUCCCCGUCGGCCCCGGUACCCUCGGUCGCAUCAUGAACGUCACUGGUGACCCGAUCGAUGAGCGCGGUCCCAUCAAGACCGACAAGUUCCGUCCCAUCCACGCUGAGGCUCCCGAGUUCGUUGACCAGUCGACCACCGCUGAGGUUCUCGUUACUGGUAUCAAGGUCGUCGAUCUGCUUGCUCCCUACGCCCGUGGUGGUAAGAUUGGUCUGUUUGGCGGUGCCGGUGUUGGCAAGACCGUGUUCAUCCAGGAGCUCAUCAACAACAUCGCCAAGGCCCACGGUGGUUACUCCGUCUUCACCGGUGUCGGCGAGCGUACCCGUGAGGGUAACGAUCUGUACCACGAAAUGCAGGAGACCUCUGUCAUUCAGCUUGACGGCGACUCCAAGGUCGCCCUGGUGUUCGGUCAGAUGAACGAGCCCCCUGGUGCUCGUGCCCGUGUCGCCUUGACCGGUUUGACUGUCGCUGAGUACUUCCGUGAUGAGGAGGGCCAGGAUGUUCCAAAACGAAGAAUCACUAACGUGUCAGUGCUUCUCUUCAUCGACAACAUUUUCCGCUUCACCCAGGCCGGUUCUGAGGUGUCUGCCCUUCUGGGUCGUAUUCCCUCCGCUGUCGGUUACCAGCCCACGCUCGCCGUGGACAUGGGUCUGAUGCAGGAGCGGAUUACCACCACCCGCAAGGGCUCAAUUACCUCCGUCCAGGCCGUCUACGUGCCCGCUGACGAUCUGACGGAUCCCGCCCCCGCCACCACCUUCGCCCAUCUGGACGCCACCACUGUGCUGUCCCGAGGUAUCUCUGAGCUGGGUAUCUACCCCGCUGUCGACCCCCUCGACUCCAAGUCGCGUAUGCUGGACCCCCGUAUUGUCGGCGACGACCACUACGAGACCGCCACUCGCGUCCAGCAGAUCCUCCAAGAGUACAAGUCGCUGCAGGACAUCAUCGCCAUUCUGGGUAUGGACGAGCUGUCUGAGGCCGACAAGCUUACAGUCGAGCGUGCUCGUAAGAUCCAGCGUUUCCUGAGCCAGCCGUUCACUGUCGCGCAGGUCUUCACUGGUAUCGAAGGCCAGCUGGUCGAUCUGAAGGACACUAUCGCUUCGUUCAAGGCUAUCCUGAGCGGUGAGGGUGACAGCCUUCCGGAGGGUGCCUUCUACAUGGUUGGCAACUUCGCGUCUGCCCAGGCCAAGGGUGAGAAGAUCCUGGCUGAGCUUGAGCAGAACUAA